AUGACCCUCACCCUCUCUCUGACUAAGCCAGCAGAGCUGGGUUGUGUCCUGGUCUGAAUGGCCUGUCUGCUCUUGAUGUCCCCUGCCACACCCACUGGGCCCAAGGUUGCUCAGUCUGAAGUAGAUACUAUUCUGGGCAACGUACAAGGCUGGCAGGUGGGCACAAAGGGCACAGACCACGUUGUGAAUGUGUUCUUGGGCAUCCCAUUCACCCAGGCGCCUCUGGGGCCUGCCCGGUUCUCAGCCCCGUGCCUGGCACAGCCCUGGGAGGAUGUGCGGGAUACCAGUACUGUCCUCCAUUGUGAGUAGCCCCUGUGCCUGCAGGAUGUGGAGAGAAUGAACCACAGCAGAUUUAUGCUCAACAGAAAAAAGUAUUAGCUCUUCUCUAUUUUGGAGGACUGUCUGCUCCUCAACAUUGCCUGCAGAGAGGCUGCUGCAGGGACUGCAAAGCCUAUCAUGGUAUGGACCCACGGAGGCUUUCUGAUGGUUGGCACUGCCACCUCCCAGGAUGGAUCAGCCCUGCCUGCCUACUGCAAUGUGGUAGUGGUCACAGGCCAGUACCACCUUGGUAUCCUUGGCUUCUUCAGCAACCAAGGCUUCCUAGAUGUGGUAGCCACUCUGCACUGGGUGCAGGGGAACAUCACCCUCUUUGGGGGUAACCUCAACUGUGUCACCAUCUUUGGCGGAUCUGCUGGUGCCUGCAUUGUCUCUACCCUGAUGAGUUGUCCUGUCCUCAAUUGCUGGGGGCUGUUCCACACAGCCAUAGCACAGAGUGGGGUCUUCACCAUCUCAGGGAUGCUGGUGUCUAACCCAAGGCCUCUGGCUCAGGUGUAUCCGCUCUCUAGGGGAGGCAGAGGGCUGGAAGGCAGGGGUGGGUGGCUGAGAGGGAGGAAAGACACUUUCAUCUGUCCCCCGAACAUUGCAGAUGACUUCGCCUUCAGCUCCAACUCCACGGCUGAGAUGUUGCAGUGCCUUCAGCAGAAGGAAGGAGAGGAGCUGGUCCUUACCAAGAAGUUGAAACUUAAUGUCACUCCCUACACUGUUGAUGGCACCUUUCUUCCCUAAAGUUCCAAGGAGCUCCUGCGGUAGAGGCAGUUCCACUCUGUGCCCUUCCUUCUGGGUAUCAACAAUCACGAGUUUGAACAGCUCAUUCCUAGGAGCUGACAUCUCCUGGAUAAGAUUGAACAGAUGAGCCAGGAGGACAUGCUGGCCACCUUGAGGCACUACUUGACCACUGAUUCUGUGGCCCCCGUCUUUUUCUAUGAGUUCCAGCAUUGACCCAGUUCUUUUAUGAAGAUCAAACCAGCCUGGGUGAAGGCUGACCAUGGAGCUGAAUGUGCCUUCAUGUUUGGGGUUCCCUUCCUCAUGGAUGAGAGCUCCCUCCCGGAGGCCACAGAGGAAGAGAAACAGCUGAACAUCACCAUGAUGGCCCAGUGGACCCACUUUGCCCACACAGGGGUCCCCAGUGGCAAGGGGCUGCCUCCUUGGCCCCAAUUCAACCAGUCAAAACGAUACCUGGAGAUCAGCAUGGUGCCAUGAGCCAGGCAGAAGCCAAGGGAGGCCUGACUGCAGUUCUGGACAGAGACACUCCCCAACCAGAUCUGACAGUGGCACCAGACGCAGAAGGACAGGAGGACCUCGGAGGAGCUCUGA